CCGAAGUCAAAGUCAUUUGGCUGGUUUCGGAACUUCAAAAGUGGUCUUUGGCAGGCAACGCAACGGCUCAAGCAAGGCAGUGCGGCCCGUGCGGGCUUCUUUCCUCAGUCAAGUUAGCCACAGUAUCACAGAAAAAUACAGAUCUCUGUGACAGAACACCCAAGGACCUUGGAACACCUGCAACCAACUUAGUUGGCGCAUUCGGUCUGUCCGCUUUGCAGCUGGUGCUGCUGGCACCGUUAGGAAAGGUCCGGCAAACUUGGAUAAAUAAGCACAAUUUACAAUUUGCUGCUGAAUUAAAUGCGGUAAUCGUAUUGUUUUUAAGUCUUUUCAGACCGUACAUACUUUCGUGAAUUGCCUGUCGGCUGAGAGGGUUGCUCACGAUGGACAGCGUUGUAAGUGUCAUUUUGCCAGCAGCCGGUACAGGCGAAAGGAUGAAGAUGAAAGUGGCCAAACAAUUCUGUGAGGUGCAUGGAAAGCCUGUUAUCUGCCACACAAUAAGCGCAUUUCUACAAUACAGUUGGAUAUCGGAUAUCGUGGUCGUCUAUCCUCCAGACAAGCAUUCGCUAGUGGUCAGCGCUUUGAAGACCGCCGAGUUGCUGGAAAAGGUUAUACUUGUUCCUGGUGGAACGACAAGGCAUAGGUCAAUAAUGAACGGCAUGAAGCACCUCGAGCAAGAUCCGCCGGAUAUCGUGAUUAUUCACGACGCCGUUCGGCCCAUCGUACCAAGACUCGUUUUGGAGGAAGUUGUGCGGGAAGCAAAGCUCCACGGUGGUGCAGGGCCUGUUGUACCUCUUGUGUCAACAGUACUGAAGAUUGACAGCGAAGGAUUCCUUGAGGAGUCGCUAGAUCGGUCCAGAUACGUUGCGAGUGAGACGCCACAAGCAUUUCAGUACCAUUUAUUGCUAAAGGCCUAUCAAAGGUGUACAGAAGAAGAUUACACUAAUGGCACCGAGUGCCUUGCACUUUUACGUAAACACUGUGGAGUAGCGCCAAAGCUAGUUCCAGGAGCUGAUGAACUGUUUAAAGUUACAUACCGAAAAGAUUUGUAUGCUGCAGCUGGAAUGCUCCAGGGUGCACAGAGCACCUUACCUUAAAUACCGAACAUCAUAUUGGUGAUCUUCUUUUUUUGAAUUGAUGGUGUGAUGUAAUUUGUCAUGAUGUUCAUAAUGCUCACACAUGCUAAGGUACUGUAGAGAUGCUGCUGCAUAAGAAAUAAUUUGACAGCAUUGUGUUGGACAUCAAUGUGGCCGCUUUAUUCUUAAGUGGUACAUUAUUCUGUUCUAGAAUCCCAAAUUUUGUAGAGUUGAAAGUAUCUUAAGGGGGGGACCUGGGUCUUGGACCAAAAAUUUUGUAGAAUCUUUAUUCUUUAUUCUAAGUGCUGAAAACUUGUACAUAUAUGUAAUGUUGUGCUUAUUUCGAAUAUAAGGUCCGUUUUUGUAUAUGUCUUUUGGUUUCAAAUUUUAUGCAAGCUUCCUUUAAUUAUCUUCCGCAAAGAUUUGCAAAGAUUUGCAAAAUAUGCUUCUUAGAUAUUGCUGAAUAGGGUAUCAAUGGUUUCUGUAUGAUUCAAGGAGUGCAAAAAAAAUGAGCCUUAUUGCUCUGCCUUACCUAGAACAGAAGUUGCGAGACUUCAAAGCUUGAAACUCGGAAAAGUUUUUCUGGUGACUAGUUCAAUACCUCACAACUCGUGUUCUAGGUGCGGCAGACCAAUAAGGUUGGUUUUGUUGCACUCCUUGAAUCAUACAGAAGCCAUUGAUACCCUAUUUAGUGAUAUCUAAAGAGCACGUAUUUGGCAAAUCUUUGCGGAAGAUAAUUAAAGGGCUCUUGCAUGAAAUUUGGACUGAAAGAGAUAAAUGAAAACAAACCUUUUAUUCGAAAUAAGCACAUAACAUUACAAAAAUGUACAAGUUUUCAGCACUAUACGUCAAAGAAUAAAGAUUCUACAAAAUUUUUGGUCCAAGACCCAGGUCCCCCCUUAGCUGAGAAAUUUCUAGCAACUCACUUUUUUCGUAAUUAUACUGUUAGUUAUGUGUUAAUGUUUGUACACAGUGCAAUGCACACAUGCCAUAUCUGUGUGGAGUGCGUGCCAUAUAGCACAGUGUUGAGGCGUGAAACGGUGAACAGCACAUUUUGAAAGCAAUGUUUCAAUGGCACAGCUAUGCACUCAGUCUAAUCAAACAUGCAUAGAACACUUCUUCAAGGGUUUUGACAUGUUUUAGCACUGUUUAGAGUGGACCAACCUUUCAAUUUUAGGAGGGAUCUUUAUAUGACAAUUUAUGAUACAUAUUAAAACCAAGAAACAAUUUUUUUAGGUUCAUGUAUGUCAGAAUAACAUUUACUGCAUGCUCUGCCUUGUCUUCUCGCCAUAUGUGCCAAAUUACAUGCUGCGUGGAAUUUUCUUUCAUAUCAAUUUUGAACUUGCAUGUUUCUGAUCUGUUCACUCCUGCUCAUCAAAGAGGCACUAUCGCACUUCGAGCAAAGAAAGUGACAGACUCAUGGUUACCCAGAGUCAAGUAACACAUCAAGCUACUCACUUCAGUGCCAUGUCUCCUCUCCCCCAUGCACUACAUAGCAGUACCUCAGCAACCACGCUCUUUGUCCAUCCUCCAUCAAUCAACCCCGAACUCUCACAUAACUCACUUGUUCGGCAAGGCUUGAUGGCACACAAGUUCUGUGUGAUGCUUUCGAUCUGCUCUUACUGUUGCAGCAGCACAACAUGCUUCAGCUUCUUGAAUAUUGGUAAUCCUAUGCAAAGGACUUCCUCUGCAUCAUCAUCAUCAGCAGCCUGUAUUUAGGUCCACUGCAGGACGAAGGCCUCUCCCUGCGAUCUCCAAUUACCCCUGUCUUGCGCUAGCUGAUUCCAACUUGCGCCUGCAGAUUUCCUAACUUCCUCACCCCACCUUGUUUUCUGCCGUCCACGACUGCGCUUCCGUUCUCUUGGUAUCCAUUCUGUAACUCUAAUGGUCCACCAGUUAUCCAUCCUAUGCAUUACAUGGCCUGCCCAGCUCCAUUUUUUCUCCUAAUGUCAGUUACAAUAUUGGCUAUCCCCGUUUGUUCUCUGAUCCACACCGGUCUCUUCUUGUCUCUUAACGAUAAGUCGAACAUUUUUCGUUUCAUCGCUUUUUGUGCGGUCCUUAACUUGUUCUCGAGCUUCUUCGUUAAACUCCAAGUUUCUGCCACAUAUGUUAGCACUGGUAGAAUGCAAUGAUUGUACACUUUCCUCUUCAAUGACAGUAGAAAGCUUCCAGUCAGGAUUUGGCAAUCCCUGCCGUACGCACUCCAACCCAAUGUUAUUCUUCUAUAAAUUUCCUUCUUAUGAUCAGGGUCCCCUGUGAGCAAUUUAUUUAUUUAUUUAUUUAUUUAUUUCGGUACUCUCAGGGCUAGAGGCAUUACAGAGAGGAGGGGCAUACAAAAUCGGCGGCAGUUUCCUUAAAUUUGUUGACCUAGAUAAAUGUACUACUCCUUUACAGACUCUAGAGGCUGACUGGCGAUCCUGAAUUCUUGUUCCCUUGCCAGGCUAUUGAACAUUAUAUUUGUCUUCGUCAAAUUAAUCUUCAACCCCACUCUUACACUUUCUCGCUUAAGGUCUUCAAUUAUUUCUUGUAACUGGUCCCCAUUGUUGCUGAGUAGGACUAUGUCAUCUGCAAACCGAAGGUUGCCGAGAUAUUCACCGUUGAUCCUUACUCCUAAGCCUUCCCAUUCUAAGAGCUUGAAUAUUUCUUCUAAGGAUGCAGUAAUUAGCAUUGGAGAGAUUGUGUCUCCUCACCUGACCCCUUUCUUGAUAGGUAACUUUCUACUUUUCUUGUGGAGAACCAAGGUAGCUGUGUAAUCUUUGUAGAUAUUUGCCAAGAUAGAUGUAGAUAUCUGAUUCACCGAGCCCCACCAACUUCUGCCUCAUGUGCAGAGGCAUCACCACUGAGCUAUGCCGCCUAGACAGGAGUGCGGGAGUUGGACGAUGCCCCAGUAUUUAAUGUUGACAUCAGCACCGCCGCAUGUGAAUACCUGUGCACCAGCUCUCCAAAGCAACCUAACUUCCUUUCUGCCGCAGCAUGAGAUGUCAGUGCUGCUGCAACUGAACAGCUUCGAGUGUCACAUACUUACCAAAAUGGCGCCCUGUUUUCCUGCCGCAUAGCUCCUGGACAUAGUAUAAAAGUAUACUCUAACAGACACUAUGCAUGCAAAAGUUCUGGCAAUAACGUCCGAGACGUCAUUGAUACUUCACCUUGAAUGGCACCACACAGCAUGGUUUCAAUUUUAGUGCACUUGUUGUUGGUAAACUUAAAUUAUUUCAUAAUAUAUAUAAAAAGAAAAGAAAAGUGAUUUUGCACAGUGAAAGGAGAGAGUCGCAAGAAACUUAAACAAGAAAUAUAAUGUGGCCAUUUUUUUGUUCCGCGACUGCAUCUGUCAACUACGUGUGAGAGCUUUCAGCACUUAUUAUGGAUGGACUUGGGAACUAGACGUGAGUGGGAACGAACACGGUGCAGAAAGUUACCCUCCAGGUACUACGACUGCUUUCAUAAAGUUGAGUUUGAUAAACUGGCGUGUCUCGAUAUAUGGAAUGAAGGUUGCCUUUUCAGAUCUUUGAUUGGUAAACUUUGGAGUAAUCUCAACAGCAGCUCAGAUAAAUAGGUGUCAAAUCUAACUGGUAGGCAUAAUGCCCUGUUACACUGCUAAACAUUAGCACACAGUGUUUUCAAGAAGUUCACUGAAAUCAAAAGUGUUUUGCUUGCAUAGGAUCUGGACAUACGUUAUAACGGAAACAUGGUUGCAUCUGGAGAUACCCGAUUUCGAUGUCUUUCCAAGUGGCUGUAACAUGUUCCGUGCGACCAAAGUUCCAGAAGGGGAGGGGUUGCAUUACUUCUCAAAGAUACCCUUCUGUGUACUUCUGUUGAGCGUAGCAAUUGUGAUUCUUAAGUGGUCUGUGCAACCGUGCAUUGCGGUUUGCCAACAGUUUUUAUAGGUGAUGUUUACAGGUCUUCCAGACUAGUCUUUUCACAUUGGAAAUCUUAUUCGAGUUUGUUAAAGUCAAGUAAAAAACAGUCCAGGUUAAUAAUUUUGGCUGGCAAUUGUAAUCUUCAAUAUUGAUUGUGAUAGUGGAAUGUCACAUGGAAAUUGUGUACACUCACGUCCUGUUGAUAUUAUUUUUGUUACAACUUAUGUCAAAUGUGCCACGUGUCUCAAAUUGUAGCAAAUCACAGCUUGAUCUUGUGUUUAGUCUCAAAGUGCUUGCAUGAGUGAAAAAGUUAUGGUUAAAAAUGGCAUAUCUGACCACUCAUCAGUUGUCUGGCAUACCCUUCUCAUCAAAAUCGACAGCACUUGUAAAACGGCACUGCAGUUUCAGCCAUGCAAGUGAUGUUGAUGUACUUUGCCAUUUAGAAGCAUCCUAUGAAAUGUUUUUAGGUCAUGUAGGAGACAAAUCAACAGACAUGCUGUGGCUUUUUUAAGCAUAUUAUAAUGCUUUGUAUGGAUAACUUGUGCAUUAACAGUUGGAAAAAGGAAAAAAACGUAGCCUACGGGUGGCAUGUUACAAUCUGCACUAAAUAUAUAAGAUUAGCUGAGUGAAAUGACAAAAACGCAGACUUACGAACAUUAUCUCAGUGCUUUGGCACGAGUUACGUACCCUCAUAUUACAUGAAGGUAUUGUUUCUUCACUUUCAAUUUGAGCAAACUUCUGAACGAAAACCCAAUGAAGUUUUAUGUGUUCAACAACAACAACAAAAAAAGCUGGCUAAUCAAUCACACGCUUACUUAUGACCAAGGUAUUGCUGGUGCCAUCAGUACUUUCGUCUUCUCUGUACAGAUUGCCGAUAAUUUUCAAAUUUCACAACUAAAUUAUUUUCACCAGCAGAUUGUUAGUGCCAAGGGAAUGUUUGAUAGCUUGCUACAUUUGAACAUGUGAAUCUGAUCAAAUUCCUAAUGUGUUUUUACAGAGGUAUGCCAAAUGGUGUUUGAAAUUUCUCUGGAAAUAUAUAUUGUACUUAGUUGACAGAUGGGCAAGUUACCAUGCAAAUCGAAGGUUGCUAAACUUGUGCCUAUACAUUAUCAUGGUUGCAGAGUAAAGUUGCUUAUUACAGGCCGGUCUUCUGCAGUUGUAGCAAGGUUCUCGAGCACUUUAUUUUCAAAUAUCUAGUUACGUACCUUGAAUUAGUAACAUUCUUUGCAAAUAACCAGCAUGGAUUUCGACUUGGAUUUUCAACAGCUGUGUAUACAUACAAAUCAUGAAUUUGCUGCCAUUGUUGAUAGUGAUGGGAAAGUUGAUGCUGUGUUCUUUUAUAUUGCAAAGGCGCUCGACAAGGUUACACACCAUAAGUCAUUGUACAAAUUAGAGUAGGUAUUGCAGAACUAAAACCUUCUAAAAUGGUUAGAGUCUUGUCUUACAAAUCAUAAGCAGUUUGUUUCCAUUGAUAAAGCUCAAUCUGUAGUAUUUCCGGUUGUCUCAGGUGCACCGGAAGAUUCCAUACUCCGGCUCUUGCUUUUUUUUAAAAAUAAAUAAUCUUUGCUUACACAACCAAAUUACAUGGCCAAUUUUUCCCCAACGAUUGCCUACUGCUUGCCGAGAUUUGUUGUAAAGAUGAUAAAGUAUGAUUAAAUAGCACCUUUCAGUUGAUAUCGUCAUGGUGCCAUGAAUAGUAAAUGUGUUCAGACAACAAUUACUUUGAAGGAAGUUCCAAUUUCAUUUAAUUAUUUGACUCAACGACUUUAAGAGCUGUUCAGUAAUUAAAAAAAAAAUGGCAGCAGAAUCCAUCUCACGAUGACUGUCGACGGUAAUGCAUUUAGCAUUAAAUCAAUAUAGUGAAACAGUUUAUUGCCACCGUUGAAACGAGCUACGUAUGAGGUGUGUACUGCAACGGGAUUCCUCUUUCGCGCUUCCCUAAGAACACUUGGUGCCAUCUAGCACCGCUGCCGCAAAGCCUGCACGUCGCCUCCAAAAUGCAGAGAAAUAAGUCAUGUGGCAACCGGGCGCCUCUCUCGCGCUUCUUUCCGAACACACUGCGCCAUGUAGUGGCACUGCCGGAAAGUUUGCACGUGGCCUCCAAGACAAGACGCGUAGCAUGCCGGUGCCUGCAAACUUUGAGAUUUGUUUCCUCGCUUGCUGCACUCUCAGUGGCACAUAUUCAAUGACCCAAGUUGGCAAGAGGUUCAUUGAAGAGAGGCACAUGUCCAGUGCAUUCAUGGUGCAGCCUGCUAAUGCAUCAGGUUGCUGUCCUUGAGGAACCCUUGUGAUGCGAGUUUGAUUCCGUUCCAAGAUUGGAGAAAUUUAAGGGAUCUUUUUUGUCAUUGUAGAGCAGCACAUUCCCAGUGGCACAUAGCUAGUUACCCAACUUGGCAUCAAAGAGGUUCAUUGAAGACCCGCACAGAGCUAGUGGCACAUACCCAGUGCUCCAAGUCGGCGUCAAAGAGUUUCUUCGAACAGCGGUACCUACCUAGUCCCACAUCAGAAUGACCCAUGUCAUUGUGAAAGAGUUUUUUUUUUUUUUUUUAAGAUCGGUGCACGAGUGGAAUGUAUUGCCACCACUUUUGAUAGGAAUGGUAAUUGAAAGUUGUUUCUGCCGCAAGCUUGAAGAUGUGUUGUUGUUUCAAUGUAAUAAGUGUUUUCUAUUGUAUUCUCAUUAUUUCAGUUCUGUAUGUCUGGUUGGCAUUGUUUGUUUCUUCACCCAUGCUCUAGCUCCCAUGUGUGGCCUGUAGUAUGUAGUAUCAAAUAAAUAUACAGCCAUCAU